GUCUACGUAGCCACCUUCGUUCUCCCGAUUUUUAGGGUUCGAAAAAGGUUCGCCCAUUUCCAAAGGAAACCGAGAUUCGCGAGUUCAAAAAUUUGAUCGUGGAACAAAAAUUUGAUCGUGGAAGGAAAUCCAUCGACGACGCAACCCUGGAACUCGUUCGUAUUUUAUUUGAGUCUCACUGUUCGCAUUCAUGUGUAUCUUUCAAUUAGCUCACAUUUUCAAUUACCUGUGAUUUUGGUAAUUUAGUUCGAAAGAGAUACCAUUGUUCGUAGUUUGGCUUAGAAGGAUAAUCGCAUUAAGUCGUCGAGGGCUUCCUCCCUUAUCAGCUGGUAUUAAAUCUAAAGUUUUGAUAUUUGACACAUAGCGUGGGUCAUUUAACUUUGAAAAGACAGCAACAAGGUCUAAAAAAGUUAUGGUUGGUCGGCCAUUGUGAAGAAGGUUACUAGUUAGGCUCAAUGUUGCGCUUUCUGGGGAUAAGCAGAGCCGAAGCUUCAAGCUCGGGAUCGACUAGUGAGAUAUGGCUUCUUGGAAAGUGCUACAGUGUCUCACUCGAGGAGCCAUCUGGUGGUGCUGAUCCAGGGAAUUGCUAUGCUGCAUUUUUGGAUGAUUUCUCAUCGAGAAUUUGGUUUACUUACCGCAAAGGUUUUGAAGCCAUUGGUGAUUCGAAGUUGACUAGCGACGGAGGUUGGGGCUGCAUGAUAAGAAGCAGCCAGAUGAUCGUUGCCCAGGGAUUGAUUUUUCAUCAUUUGGGGAGAUCCUGGAGAAAACCUUCACAGAAGCCAUAUGAUCGAGAAUACAUUGAGAUUUUACAUCUCUUUGGUGAUUCUGAGACUUGUGCUUUCUCGAUACACAAUCUGAUACAAGCUGGGAGGGCUUACGGCUUGUCCGCUGGGUCGUGGUUGGGUCCGUAUGCUGUUUGCCGUACUUGGGAGACGCUCAAUCGUUUGAACAGAGAACAGGGGAAAGAGAGCUUGCCUAUGGCUUUGUAUGUGGUGUCAGGGGAUGAAGAUGGGGAGCGAGGCGGAGCUCCGGUCGUCUGUGUAGAUGUUGCUUCGCGACUGUGUUCAGAUUUUAGCGAGGCGCAUUCUGCCUGGGGGCCCGUUCUUUUGUUGGUUCCUCUGGUUCUUGGACUUGAAAAAAUCAAUCCAAGGUAUAUACCAUUAUUGAAGGAAACAUUUAUGUUUCCUCAAAGUCUGGGUAUACUAGGUGGAAAACCCGGGGCUUCAACUUGCAUUGUCGGCGUACAAGACGACAAGGCGUUCUACCUGGAUCCACAUGAAGUUCAACUGGCGGCAGAAAUCAAGCAGGAUAAUCUCGAAGCUGAUACUUCUUCAUACCAUUGCAGCACUGUCCGGCAUUUGCCGCUAGACCAAAUAGACCCAUCACUGGCCAUCGGGUUCUAUUGCCGUGAUAAAGGUGAUUUCGACGAUUUCUGCUCUCGUGCUUCUGAGCUUGGAGAGAAGGCGAAUGGAGCACCGCUCUUUACCGUCGCCCAAUCCCUUCAUCCUCCGAAACCAAUAUUCCACCAUGAUUCAUUCGCAGAUAGUUCAGUCGGCGAUGGUGACGGUGGGAGAGCCGACGCCUUUACUGUGGAAAGCUCGACUGAUUGCGCAGAAGCGCAUACGGGCGAUGACGAAUGGCAAAUCCUUUAAAAACAAAAUAUUAUGCAGUCGCUUGUUGAAACCCGGUUUCCAAAUAAACUCAAUUCGGAGGUUUAGCUAUGCUAUGUUUUUUUCAUCUUCUCUUGUCGCCGUUUAUUCUUUGUAAUCUAGCAUAUACAUAUAUAUAUACAUGUUAAUCGUGUAUAUUAGAGAGCUUAUUUACGUCUCAAUCGGUAUUAACGUAUCGACAAGAUGAUGUGAGGGAGGAGAGGACCCGAAAUGGUCGAUGUUAAAGCUUAAAACUCGGACGUGUUGUUUGCUGUAAUGGGGACUAAGUUGUAUGAAAUUCUCAUCCUCUACCUCUUGGUAGGUUUUGUUAUUUGGGUUAUAA